AUGCUACCGAAUUUGGCUACCGGGGCUACACCAGCAGGCGUGGUCCCUAUCACUCCUAUAGCAGUGGCUCGACGGCCACCCAUUGUCUACGCAUCCGAGUUGUUACCCUCUUCCGAAAGCAUUAUAACUGAUCUUAUAGACAAGGCCUACUACCAGUGCAACGCCACCGGAAUCGGCUGGCAGCAUCAAUUACUAAUGUCAAUGGAAAAGGAGUUUGGCGGAGUCUGGCAGGUCAAUGAAGUUGAUUCGCCUCAGUUGCCGGUAUGUAAGUCGGCGAUGGCCAAUAGCCGAAUGGUCUUCUCGCCGAACAACGGUAAACAAAAAUACUGUAUCUACCAGGCCAAGCAAAACCGAAGUAGAGGUCACUGCCGUUUCUGCUGCUUCUAG